GGGGGUUGGUGGGGGGGCGAGGAAGGUGCGUGUACGUGGAAGCCGCAGUCGUCAGCCUCGUGAACGCGCAGGGAGAAAAGCGCCGCCAAGAUGAUGUGCGAGGUGAUGCCCACCAUCAGCGAGGACACGGCGCUGAGUCAGCGCGGUUCCCAGAGCAGCUCGUCGGACCCGGACUCGCACUUUGAGCAGCUGAUGGUCAACAUGCUGGACGAGAGGGACCGGCUGCUGGACACGCUGAGGGAGACGCAGGAGAGUCUGGGUAUGGCCCAGCAGCACCUGCAGGACGUCAUCUACGACCGCGACUCGCUGCAGAGGCAGCUCAGCUCCGCCCUGCCGCAGGAGUUUGCGGCCCUCACAAAGGAGCUGAACGCCUGCAGGGAGCAGCUGCUGGAGAAGGAGGAGGAGAUCUCCGAGCUAAAGGCCGAGAGGAACAACACCAGGCUGCUGUUGGAGCAUCUGGAGUGUCUGGUGUCGCGACACGAGCGUUCUCUGCGCAUGACGGUGGUCAAGAGGCAGGCCCAGUCGCCCUCUGGGGUCUCCAGUGAGGUGGAGGUCCUCAAAGCCCUCAAGUCCUUGUUUGAGCAUCACAAAGCCCUUGACGAGAAGGUGAGGGAGCGACUGCGGGUGUCAUUGGAGAGGGUGUCUGUCUUGGAGGAGGAGCUUACAGCAGCCAAUCAGGAGAUCGUGGCCUUACGUGAGCAGAAUGCUCACAUCCAGAGGAAGGUGGCGUCGGGCGACGGCGGCGACGACAUCCUGGAGGGCGGCGAAGCUCAGCAGAAGGUCCAUGGAAAGCGGCUGUCCAACGGCUCCCUGGAGUCGGCGCGUGAGGCCAGCCAGGUGGUGGAGCUGCAGGACCUGCUGGAGAAGCAGAACUACGAGUUGGCCCAGAUGAAGGAGCGCAUGUCCUCGCUGUCGUCCCGCGUCUGCGAGGUGGAGCAGGAGCUGGAGACCGCUCGUAAGGACCUCAUCAAGUCGGAGGAGAUGAACAACAAGUACCAGCGGGACAUCAAAGAGGCCAUGUGCCAGAAGGAGGACAUGGAGGAGCGCAUUGUCACGCUGGAGAAGCGCUACCUGAGCGCCCAGCGAGAGUCCACGUCGGUCCACGACAUCAACGACAAGCUGGAGAACGAGCUGGCCAACAAGGAGGCCUUCCUCAGACAGAUGGAGGAGAAGAACCGGCAGCUGCAGGAGAGGCUUGAGUUGGCCGAGCAGAAGCUCCAGCAGACCAUGAGGAAAGCCGAGACUCUACCAGAGGUGGAGGCCGAGCUGGCCCAGAGGAUUGCCGCCCUCACCAAGGCGGAGGAGCGUCACGGCAGCAUUGAGGAGAGGAUGAGGCACUUGGAGUGCCAGCUGGAGGAGAAAAACCAGGAGCUUCUCAGGGCUCGCCAGCGAGAGAAGAUGAAUGAGGAGCACAACAAGCGUCUCUCGGACACGGUUGACAGGCUCCUCACGGAGUCCAACGAGCGUCUGCAGCUUCACCUGAAGGAGCGGAUGGCGGCUCUGGAAGAGAAGAAUCUGCUGAUUCAGGACUCUGAGGGCUACAGGAAGCAGUAUGAGGAGUCCAUCCAUGAAAAGACGCACCUGGCCGGGGAGAUCGAGAAGCUGAGAUUGGAGUUGGACCAGUUCCGAUUGAGGGCAGGAUCCCUCACUGAACCUACCCUCUCACGGUCUCAUCUGGACACGUCCGGCGAGCUCCGGUUCUCGCUAGGCUCUCUGGCUGAGACCCAAUCCGACCACUACCGCUCGGCCAAAGUCAUCCGCCGGCCAAGGCGAGGUCGGAUGGAUCUGCAUGAAACCAAGGCCAAGUCGCUGGGGGAGCACGAGUGGCGCUCGCAACAGCUCGGGGUUCUGGGGGGCCACCACUUCGAGAGCGACACAGAGAUGUCUGACAUCGACGAUGACGACAGGGAAACGCUAUUCAGCUCCAUGGACCUCCUCUCGCCUGGCGGCCACUCCGACGCACAAACCCUGGCCAUGAUGCUGCAGGAGCAGCUGGACGCCAUCAACAAGGAGAUCCGGCUGAUUCAGGAGGAGAAGGAGUCGACGGAGCUGCGGGCCGAGGAGAUCGAGAACCGUGUGGCCAGCGUCAGCUUGGAGGGUCUCAACCUGGCACGGAUGCACCAUCACCACCACGGUGCCUCCAUGACCGCCUCGGCCACCGCCUCCUCGCUGGCGUCGUCCUCCCCGCCCAGCGGACGCUCCACCCCCAAACUUGACCCCCGGAGUCCUGCUCGCGACAUGGAACGUAUGGGAGUGAUGACGCUGCCCAGCGAUCUAAGGAAGCACAGGAGAAAGAUAGCGGCGGUGGACGAAGACGGCCGUGAGGACAAGGCCACCAUCAAGUGCGAGACGUCACCUCCGUCGACACCGCGCACCGUCCGGAUGACGCACACGCUGCCAUCCUCGCACAAUGACGCUCGCGGCUUUGCCUCUCUGGAGGCUGAAGGCACCUUGAGCAGCGUCGCCAGCAGCCAGGACUCCCUGCACAAGCAGCCCAAAAAGAAGGGCAUCAAGUCGUCCAUCGGGCGGCUCUUCGGCAAGAAAGAGAAGGGCCGACUGGCACAUCUUGCACACAGACAUGUCAUGGUGGAUCCACAAGCCACCAUGAUGGACUCGGACAUGUCGAGCCAAGACGUCGGCGUGGGCAAGCUUGGCACUCAGGCCGAGAAGGACCGCCGCUUGAAAAAGAAACAUGAACUCCUGGAAGAAGCCAGGAGGAAGGGCUUACCUUUCGCGCAGUGGGACGGACCCACGGUGGUGGCCUGGCUGGAGCUGUGGCUGGGAAUGCCGGCCUGGUACGUGGCGGCGUGCCGCGCCAACGUCAAGAGCGGCGCCAUCAUGUCGGCCCUCUCCGACACGGAGAUCCAGCGGGAGAUCGGAAUCAGCAACCCUCUCCACCGCCUCAAGCUCCGCCUCGCCAUCCAGGAGAUGGUCUCCCUCACCAGCCCGUCGGCGCCGCCCACCUCCAGAACUCCGUCUGGCAACGUGUGGGUGACCCACGAGGAGAUGGAGACCAUGGCGGCCCCUUCCAAAACGAAGUCCCAGUCUGACGAGGGCAGCUGGGCUCAGACGCUGGCGUACGGCGACAUGAACCACGAGUGGAUCGGGAACGAGUGGCUGCCCAGUCUCGGACUACCUCAGUACCGCAGCUACUUCAUGGAGUGCCUGGUGGACGCGCGCAUGCUGGACCACCUGACCAAGAAGGACCUGAGGGUGCACCUGAAGAUGGUGGACAGCUUCCACAGAACUAGUUUACAGUACGGCAUCAUGGGUCUGAAGAAGCUCAACUACGACAGGAAGGAGUUGGAGCGACGGCGGGAGACCAGCCAGCACGAAAUGAGAGACGUUCUGGUGUGGAGCAACGAGCGCGUGGUCCGCUGGGUGCAGAGCAUCGGCCUGAGGGACUACGCCGGCAUCCUGCACGAGAGCGGCGUGCACGGAGCGCUGGUCGCCCUGGACGACAACUUUGACUACAGCAGCCUGGCUCUGGUGCUGCAGAUCCCCAACCAAAACACUCAGGCCCGUCAGAUCCUGGAGCGCGAGUACAAUAAUCUCCUGGCGCUUGGCACCGACCGGCGGUUGGAUGAGUGCGACGACAAAGACUUCCGGGGUCCGUCGUGGAGGAGACAGUUCCCGCCGCGGGACGUGCACGGGAUCAGCAUGAUGCCCGGCUCGGCCGAGACGCUGCCGGCCGGCUUCCGUCUCACCACCACGUCGGGUUACUCGCGGAGGUUACCCCCUGACGUCCUUUACGAGGACGACGUGUAUAUGGAUAAGUCGGAUCCUCUGCGGUGCAGCGGCUGGACAGCUCCACGGCCCAGUUCUGAAUGGAGCUGCUGGACAGGCCAAAAUGGCUGGAGGGGUUCAGGUGUGGUCGGGGGGGACAGUUGGGGGCACGCCAUUGGGACAACUCGCACUGCCAAGAAGCCCCCAUCUCCAAACCUCACCAACCAGCCCCUCCCUCGCUCCUAACGUGGCCUCCAGCCGCCGGUGCUAAAUUAAAACUAUCCUGCAGGCUGGCGGCCAUUUCUACCUUUUACAUGUAAAGCAUACGACGUACUGUCUUUAUUUAUUUCUUCUACAAAACAUGUUGUAGGUUAUCUGUAAAUUAAUAUAAAUAUGCCAUUUUUUAAUAUACAUACACACACGUCUAUGUGUAAAAAAAAAAAUUACAAAAAACCUCUUGUGCAAAGAAAUGUUAGUGGACCAUAGAUAAUAUAAUGCUGCUCUCAGAACACAUAAUCCUGACAUCCUUCUAUUUUUUCAUUGUGCUGAGACGAGGGCGCCCUCUAGUGGUUGCUGCGAGCCAUGUUUCUUCCAGGAAGGACGAGCACCGAGCUUCAACCAAUAGGAACGCGUUCAGACAUCCAGCCCCGCCCAUUCGGAGGUUAACCAGGAAGACUGACUUCCGGUCACCAUCAUCGUGUGCGUAGAUUGUUGACAAAACAACGUGAGGUGACUUCAGAAACGCUUGCUGUGACAUUUUGAUGUCUUUUUCACCAUCAAGUUAUGUCCGUUUUUUUUGUUUGUUUUUUAAACAUCUUCAAUUUGCACGAACAAGGACUCAAGAUGACAUCUUGUGUGUAUAUUUUCAUUGAUUUAUGACUUGUACGUAUGUUGUGGUGAGCAAAAGAAAUUAAAAAGAAAGACUGAGUAAAAUGACUUUAUUAUUUCAGCAAAAUGUUUGAAUGAAAAAGUCAUGUAAACAUCUUUACGUCCGUUUGGAACAUGUUGUGCAAGUAUUGCAGACACUCAAAUACACCAGCACGGAGUCAAUAUGCUAACGUUAGCAAGUGAUUAGCGUUAUGGUGGUGGUGCGUUCAGGCACCGUGGGGCCUCAGAACUUUCUCCACCAUGGUCUCGACGUCCUUGAACACAUCAGGAUCCUCGAUGGUGGGCGUGAUCUGGGGUGGAGGGGGGUAAUGUUUUUUUUGGCAUUGUUAGAUCGUAAUCAACACAGCAACUGAUUAGUAAUGUAAUAAUCACUUUUAAAGAUGAUGAUUUUGUCAAAUGAUUUUUGAGUAACGGUUUGGUGGU